AUGGCAGUCAUCUUGGUCGUCGCCAUCGCCGGUCUGCUCAUCGUGCUCAUCGCCUCUCUACUACCCACUCGCCAUGAGCGUCACAAACAGCCCACUGGUGCACACAUCCUCCACAACCAGGUCACUCACGCACGGCUUCUACCGACGCGGUCCGCCCACGCCUUCACCUACCCGACGCUCUUCCUCCUCCUCCCGCUUCGUGCGCUCGAGGCGCACGCGCUGGACCUUGGGUGUGGAUGGGUGUUCGGAUACGGUGGAGUGUCGUGGCGGCUCACAGGCCUCCGCCCCCAGGGGUACCUGAUGCCCGACGCGCGGAGCGUGCAUGCGAAGCUGGUGGAGUUGUUGGAACAGCACGGACAUGAUGCAAGGCUCUUUCGCGAUGCGUGGAUGAUGACGAUGCCCAGCUACUGCGGGCUCGAGGGCAUCAAUCCGCUCACAGUGUACUUUUGCUACGGGGAUGGUGCAGCGCUGUGGAUGGUGGUGCUCGAGAUACACAACACGUUCUACGAACGGCAUAUCCACUUCCUCGAGGUCGGCGUGAACGAAGACCCGCCGCCAAAGGGGUUCGACCACCAAUGGACGUUCCCCCGCCAAUUCCACGUCUCGCCCUUCAACGACCGCUCAGGGUUCUACACCGUCGCUCUCACCACCCCCUCGCACGCCCCAAUUCCCGUCUCAGCUGCCGGCCUUUCACAGCCCGCGCCCCGCCCGGUGAUCCGCAUCCACCUGCACGUCCCAGACCCUCUGUGCCCUUCUACCCCAGGUCCUCUGAAAUUAACCGCCCUCCUUCGCCCCUCGGUCUCCGAGCCCCUCACCACCACGUCCCUCCUCCGUGCGCUCGCACACCAGCCGCUUGUACUCCUCCUCUCGUUCGCCCGGAUCGUCUUCCAGGCGGGAGUAUUGCACUACCGUCGGCGGCUGCGCGUGAACGUGCGGCCAGACCCGGUGCCCGCCCAGCGCGGGUGGGGUAUAAGGGAGGGUGACGACGCGGAGCAGCCGCUGAGUGGGGGAGUGAAGUGGCAGUCAGAAGGGGUACUGGAACGAUAUGCACGCGGGCGCGUCGAGGCGUUCCUAAGGGGGAGAGCGAGGGAGACUGGGGUCAGCGUGACGCUGGUGUCGGCGAACCCGUUCCUGCCGCCGAGCGUGUUUCUACCGUCGAGGAAGGAGGAUUCGACCGCCGAGAAGAUAGGGCAGAGCCUGACCGUGUGGUACCGAUCGCCGCAGUUUUUCACGACUGUGUUCGUGGCACCGUCUGCAGCGCAUGCGAUUCAAUUGGGCACCACCGAAGGACUCUUCACCUUCUCGUCCAGGGAGCUCUUCACGUUAGUGUUCUCGCCGCCAUACGCGCAGACUUCACAGACGCUGUGCCAACGUCUGCGGGCACAGGCAGUCCCUCAAGUCUCUAGAUACGCUAUCCCCCAAACUCAUCCUCUCGAUAUGGCAGAGUCAGCGGUGAUCGACUCGGCGAUGCUGGCGGUGAUGCUGACAUCAGGUAAGGUGGAAGAAUGGGCUUAUCGGAUGAUAGGCACUCGAUUUGUGCGAGGCCAGGAGCCGUGGAAAAGAUGGCAGCGGGCACUGGAACGAAAGGAAGCUGCCUCGAAGAGUGCUAAUUAA